AUGCCGCACGCCACCAGAAACUCCAACAAGGCCGCUGACACUGCGAAGCGGUAUGCAGUCAACCUUGACUGGCAGAAAGACUCGAAAAUCAAGACAUGCAAAUGUUCCGUCUGCGGGGAUCGAGUGGGAAGGCUCAAGCAGUCCUUCACAUCGAGCCGUUGCCGACGAUCAUCUCGCCACUGUACGGGCCUGAUCAGCACAACGAUCCCGGAUGAGCGGUGGCAGCCCCUACUGGGAGUAUCUUUGCCCCUGUGGGGAGAGCUUCUCGGUGACGAGAACUUUUGCAAAAGCUCAGGCUUCAACGAAAAGAACUUUGUCAUGGCCAUGGACGAGAGCGAAGAUGGCAAACCGCCCGUCUCGUGGAUCCGCUCGGACGCCAGAUUCUCGUGCUCUCCAAAUGAGCAGGUCAUGGGCCAAAUUGAUCCUUCGAAAUUAGCCGCCUGGCUUUACGCGCAUUGCACGCAUUUCGAGGUCAAAUUCUUGUUCAGCACGCAGCCAGUAGGCGUGGAGCAAGACAAGGCAGGUGGCAUCACCGGACUUCGUGUGACAUCCAGCAUGACUGCGAAGAGCCGUUUCGAGCUCAUCGAAUGCUCGAGACUGGUGCUGGCAGCCGGCCCGUUCACCCCAAGUCUCCUCGCUACGCUUUCCCCUCACCGUCAGCUCGCUUUGGAGAACAACCCACGGCUUUAUCAAUGGGUUCAGAUCAAAGGAGCUGGCCUCCCAAAGUUCGACAAAGCCGCAGUGAUCAUGCAAUUGCCAGAAGGUGCGAGAUUUCAGGGACCAGCUCAGGUCGCUGCUCGACAAGGCAUGAUCGAGAUAUCAAGGCUCUACAGCGCCAUUCCGGAUUAUAUUCUCGACCACGACGAUGCAACCAGAGAACGUGUUGGAAAUUCAACACCUCUCCGGUUCAUCGCAGCAGAGACGCUCUCCCUUCCUGGCAUCCAUCUCGCCGACAGAAGACAUACCUCGCAAGGUGUAUCUAUCGUGAGCACAGGAAACGAGUCAAGUCCAGUGAUCGGCAAAGUGCCUGGCUGGCUGGUGGGCAGCACUGGCAAGGCCAGCAGAGCUUCUACGGGUGAUGAAUCUCGAGGCGUCUGGCUCGCUUACGGUUUCGGUGCUUUUGGUACGACUAUUGCACCAGGUGUAGCUCGACUUCUGGCCCAGUUGGUCUUAGGCGAGGAACCAGAAAUCGACCCUUUCGAUUUCGCAGUGACGGAGCUUGAAGUCUUGGACGGCAUUGGGCUAGAGCAUCAGGAAAAGAAGCUCUCGAAGGGUAAGGGUAAGGCUCGGCGAUGA